AUGGAGGACAAGAGGACUAACAUUUUGGUCAUUUCUGGAAAUUAUGACCUGAUGUAUCCGAUCAAGGGAUAUAGACAAAUGGAUGUAUUUAUGAUGUUGGCUGUACCUGAAAGCUCGUCACCAAGCUUCUACCACUGUGCCAACGUGACUUGGCUUUGGGCUUCACAAGAUCCUCAGAGAGCUUCUGCUACGAUGAUCAAUGGAGGUGGACCUAUCCCUCCUGUCCCACCUGUUAGAGUAUGCGUUACCAAUAUGGUGGUAGAUAUAACAUGA